UAUUUGGCAUUUGCAUUUGAUAAACAAGGUUAGUUUUCACUUUGGCAAAAGAACAUUAUUUAUUUUAAAAAAAUGACUGGGGCGUAUUGUAGCGUAAAAGGUUGCAAAAAAUACGCGCCUCAGAUUCGUAAUGAAGACAUAUCAUUUCAUAAUUUCCCAAAAGACGAUAAUUUAAAACAACAGUGGAUAGAUUUCUGCCAGCGAGGAAAAAACUGGAUCCCAAAACAGUAUUCCAAAAUUUGUUCUCGCCACUUCAACACAGAAGAUUUCGAGGCGAAUUAUAUGUGGGAAUUAUUAAAUAUAUCCACAAAACGAAGGUUACAUAACAAUACUGUCCCAUCACGACGCGAAAAUAGUGAAGAGGAAGACGUUGAAGAAAUUAUAUUAGAAUACACUAAUUGCGGUGAAGAUAGACUGCAGGGAAAUUUCAAGAUAGUCGACAUUGAUAAAAUCAAAAGCGAAGAUUUGGAGGACAAAGUGGGUAUAAAACCUUUAGAAGAAAUUGACACUCUCCGCAAGGAAGUUGCGAAUUUAAAGAGAAAAACUGAGGAACAACAAGAAACCAUCCAUAAAAUGAAGUCACUUAAUGAAAGCUUAGCCAAAGAUUUGCAUAAUGAAAGACAUAGGAAUCUGUACUUGAAAAAUAAGUUAAAUUUGCUAGAGAAGGAGGUGAAAGAAGUAUCGCAACAGAAAUUUGUAGGAAAUGGUGUUAGUCAAAAUCAAAUUUUGUUAAUUGUGACCAAUGACAAGAAAGAUAAAUCAAGUGCGUAAAUAGUAACAUUCAAAAUUGAGGGUUAUGACGUAUAUAUUGUUCGCUUAGAAUUACAAUAGUGAAUGGAUAUGGUUGGAAAAUCAGUAAUGAUUAGAUUUUUAUGAAAUCUUUUUCACUUGAAGUGUGCAAAAAAUUUCUAGAAAAAUUUUGAUUUUAUUAUUGAGCAGUGUAGUUUUUAAUGAUAAUAUUGAUUUAGGAAAAAAUGGCUACAUUUAUCUUGCGGGGCUCGAUUCUCUCUAAAAGGGGGAUUGAGUACGAUGUAUCUCAUUCUUGAUAACAUAUUAUAUCUUUGUUAUUGUUAAAGGUAGAAAGUUGCUGUUUUUGGUAAAUGUUGGCCUAUAUUUUUAAAGAAUUUUUUUUAUUUGUUUCAGAGUUGUAGCUAAAAAAAUAAAAAAAAUUAUAUUCUACAUGUCCUACUUUUUCAUCACAGUUGUUUUUUAUUUGGGAUUGUAGCAUAUUUUUUUUUAUAAAUUUCAUGGUUUCAAACCUACAAAUUAGUUACAUUAAUUUUUCAUGAAAACCAUAGCUAGCCAAGGUCUAGUUAAAAAGAGAGUGUUCUGUUUCCACAAAUGUAUAGUUUGUCAUACUUAUCUAAAAUAUGUUAUAAACAAAAAUAAUUAUUGCCAAUAAUUUCUUUUAAUCAAAGUAAAAUGUACAUUCUCAAUUAU